AUGACAGCCCCUCCCGUCACUCUACCUCUACAGCUCAAGGAUUCAACAUCAAAUGUUAACCCUCUCUACUUACCUACGCCGCCGACCCAGCCUGCACUGUCUCCCUCGGCAGUUCCUCCUUCAUUGGAAAGCUCUUCACAUUCAGCCUCGCCCUCUUUCAUUGCGACUCCUCCAGCCUCCGAUAUCCUUCCCCUAGACACUCUUGAUAUUCCCAUCGUUCCAGACCACAACUACACGAUUGUUGGUGAGUAUUCGGAGCUACCAGAUGAUACCUCAGAGCAAACCCAGGUUUCCUAUGGCGGCCGGCCCCGUCACUUCCACAAGGUCCGCAAACGCUUACACCACCAAAAAGCACACAACGAUGCAUCUGCCGACCUGUUCCAAUCCGGCGCUGUAUCCCGGUCUGCGGAGGAAGCUCGCGUCAUCGGCCUCUUCUGGGAAUCCUACCUGCCCAACGGGAAACCCUUCCCCCCCGGCAACCACCAGGUCGACCUCGGGGGCUCCAUCAACGCCAUGAUUGACAUCGCAAACAACAAUACCACCGUGUACAAGGGCCUCGUAGCCAUGGCCUUCGCCACUAUCGGCGCCCGUAAUCCCGAGGCUGGAUGGAUGCGCAAGGAGGGCCAUCGCUUCUAUGGUGAUGCCCUGCAUGAUCUAUCUCAGUCGUUCAAAGGCGUGGAUAAGUGGACGGAGGACCAACUACAGGCCACCCGGCUGUUCAGUAUCUACGAAGCCUUUCAUGGAGCUGAUUCACAGAGCCACAUGGACCACCGGCGAAGUUGGAUGGUUCACAGCGGAGGCGAUGUCGCAUUGCUCACUUCGAAACCUCCAUCUGCCUACAUCUCGGGCUACUCGCACAUGCUCUUUGUAGCAGGCAGACACCACCUAGCAUUAUCUGCUCUCAUGGCCCGCAAGCGCUGCUUCCUCUCCGACCCGGUUUGGAAGACAGUGCCCUGGACAGAGCAUAAGAAGACGCCCCGGGACCAUCUCCUCGACAUCCUCGUUGACCUACCUGCCAUCCUGGAGGCAAUAGACGUCGCACAGGGCUGGAAAGACGCGGACAAGAAGCAGCUAUGCUUCACCCUCGUUGUCAAGGGGCUCCAGCGCCUCCUGGACCGCCUGCUAGAGUGGCACGACCAGCACUUCAGUUCCCUCGACAAAUUCCCCCGCUACCUGGACAAGCAGCUCCCAGAGGUCAUCGAGGUCGGCCAGCUGGCCGCCGCCCACGUCAUGAGCCUCUACUGGUCCAUGUGCGUCCGCGCCGUCACGAUCCUCCACCGACUGCAGCCACCAGGGAGCCCGCGCCACCCGAUGGACAUCGACGCGUGCUGCCACGACAUCGUCUGCACCCUCCGCAUCUUCACGCACCCCUCGGCGGGCAUGUUCCGGCAGCACAUCACGCCAUUCCCGAUGAGCACCGCGCUGCUACACCUGAUGAUGGUCGAGCCUGCGGCGCUCAGGCGCGAGCGCGAGGUCCUGCUGCGGGAGAUGGGGAAGCCGGAGUGCAGGCUUGUGAGGAUGUUCAUUCUGAGCUUGGAGCCUCGGGCGAUUGAGAAGAUGCAGGCGACGAUCAAAGAGUCUAGAGUGUGA